CACACCUCCCUCCCUCCUUUCUCCCUCUCCUCUCAUACGACUCUCUCACCGUUCUAUCAGGGAAAUCCCCUCCCCAAUGUUAUUUCCUCAUUCCCCUGGGAGGGGUCUUUCUAUAGAUACUCCUCCCUCAUAUUUAUAUAUAACAUCUACCACAGCCAACAGCGCCGAGUUGCUGAGUUCUCCGGUGUUGUGAUUGGUGUGGCGCUCUUUGGAGGGCGGAGCUUGGGCUGAGUACGGACGCGGUAAUAGAAGUGGAUAACACGGGAGAAGUGCAGGAGCCGUGUAGUAGAGGAGGAGCUGAUUGGUCGUUGUGUUGUUUGUCCGUCCUGUCGGCAUUCCCUUCUAUCGGUGUUUAUAUACGGCCCGUCAUUGGCAGUACAGUCCAUUCACCGGGAGUCUGGCUGAGAGGAUGAGAAGUGUAUAAGGUUUCAGGACGGGACAGGCGGCGCACGCAAGGUGCAGACAUGCUGCUGGACUUCCAUGCCACCUUCAAUCUCCAUAGGGAUGUCAUACCAUGGAUUGUCACACAAGGAGCUCCUGAUAACCUGGCAAGGUGCUCGAGGACACUGCGAAUUGUUAAUGUGGAGAGAAAUGGGAAUGUCCUAUAUACUUGGAAGGGGACAGAGAACGUCACCAAAAUUGGAUUAUAUGAUUCUGUACUCAAACAAAAUGAGAUGCUAUAUUCUAUUGAUAGUGAAGUUAAUGUAAUAAGCUGCUCAGUGAACACUGAGAAAACACUACUUGCAUUGAGCUAUUGUAAUGCAUCGUGUGAAGCACCCAGUCGAGUAAUUUCACCAGUUCCCAAGUAUUUGGCUCUACUUAUUGAGAUAAGGCCCAUCAACAAUCUCAAGGUUCUCAAAGCUGUGGAUAUCAGUGUUCGAGUGCAGUUUUUAUAUCCUGGAGAUGAUCAACAUUCAUUCUCGGAAAGUCACUUGUUACUAUUUUCAGAAGAAAAAUAUAUUGAGGAGUUUCAUAUAGAUACAGAUAAAAAUGAAGAUAAAGUGGUCAUCAAAAAUCCUGGACAGAUCCUUAAGGAGAGAAUAGCCGAAGACUUUGUGUGGGCACAAUGGGACAUGUCAGGCCAGAGGCUCUUUUAUAUUAUUCCCAAGCGUUCAAGUAGCGUUUUGCACUGCAUCCAGUUUUACCCAGAUGAAGAUUUUAAAUAUGUUCUAGAAGUUGCUCUUGAAAUCAGUCUUGCUGAUGGAGUAAGCUUGGUCAAUUUAGGUUAUGACCCCCCUGAAGAAAGAGGAAGGGGCAGAGUAACUGCUUCAAAUUUACAAGUUUUUACAAAUCCGACAGGUGGUUUGUGUCUGUUUUACUAUCAACCUCCAAAAGAAACACAAGACAUCACUUACACAGUAGCAUUUUUACAUAAAGGAUGUAGCAAAACUUUUAAAAUUGCAACACCAAUGAAAGACACUAGCAACUGCAAGCUCAAGAGAUUAUCUUUUAUAAAUCUAGGUGGCUAUGUUGCUGUUUAUUUGCCUGAUCAUUUUUUCCAUUUGAUAAACACAAAGUAUCCUGAUUUGAUGUGUUAUCACUUGUUUUUAUCAGAUGAGGACUCUAGAAUAAGUGGCAUGUGCAGCGAUUGCCCUAUGCAGUCUUUGCUAAAUUCUUGUGUAUUGGAAAGCUGCACUGGAAUAAUUUUCUCUGUGACUAUUGGCCAGGAAAAACUCCUUAAAUUCUUGGCAGAAAGUCGACAGGACUGUGAGCGUCUAGCGAUCCUACAUUGCUUCUUGCUUCACCUCAGUCUCCAACCACAGCAGGAAAUAGAGAUCAUUGAUUGGAUCUGUGAAAACCUGUCAACAUGUCAAACAUUUGACCCCGUACAAGAGUUCAUAGUUGCUUCUUUACACAGGCAUUUAAGUUCCGAGACAACGUACCUGGAUAAACUUUUGGCAUACACAUCGGUGCCUCAUUGGGACAUAAGUAUCCGUGGAGUUUCAUGUACAUCCGACAUAACGGAUAUGCCAGUUAUGAAGAUUAAUACCUUUAAAGGCUUCUGGGAAAAGUUUCAUUUUGAACUGGAAUAUAUGAAACAUAGUCAGCAGCAGUUUCUUUACAGCAGCCACAUGCAAAGGAGGGACUGGUGCAAACUCCUUUCACAGUUGGAUACUGGUGAGAAGAGAAAUGCGGUCUAUCAGCGAAAUAUACUUGAAAAUGCAAAGAAGGUUCUUUUAAACAUGGAUAUGACAAAAUGUGAAAGAACUGUGCCAUUAAUCCCAGAAGAAGACUACCUUCAAAAGGAUCUAAUGGGACUGAUGAUGGUAAAACUAAGAGAUCAUUUAUCACAACAUCUCCAUCAUGUUGGAAAAGGCAAAAUUGAAAAGAUUGUUUUGGACUUUUUUUCUAAACAGCUUGACCUAAUAUGUUUGAUGCUGGAGGUUGUGUGGAGGAAACACAUGCUGGAUUCUAGCGUUUUAGGCUUUGAUGCUAGUGGAAAUCCGAAAUCCGAGUAUUUUGCUUUUCAUGUCAUGUGUAGAAUUUCCGAAGCAACAAACCAAAUGUGUAUGCCCUUGCCUCCGGGAUUUCAGACAUUGCAUCUGUUUUUAGCCCUGCGAUGCCUGCCCCUUGCCAAUUUACUGCAUUACAUAGACAGCGGAGCUUUGCCAUUGACUGAGGCAUUCGUUGUUAAACUUCUCAAAGAACUGGAUGACAGUGAAGAAAAUGAAAAACUCAAAUAUAGCAUAAUAAUACGUCUUCCAGAAAACAUUUCUGAAAAGGUCCAUCGUUUGUGGGAUCAUGCUAUCAGCAAUAACUUUAUUGCAAUGAAGUAUGUGAGAAAAUUACUCUUCAGGCUUAAUAAUAAGGAGGUAACUCGUCAGUCACUAACUGACUGCUCUCCACUCUGCAUCAAUUUUCUUCCACUAAAUUAUUUGAUCAUGAUGCUAUCGGACGUGGAAGAUAGAGCUUUGAAUCCCUUUGAAGAAGACAACAUAGAUGCUGCAUUUCUCGAAGAAAUUGCCUUAAAACGAACAUCCGUUCUUCUUGGCCUUCAUUAGUACUAGAAAUUGCUCAUUCUAAUGACACUUGCCCACCUAUGCUGCAUUCAUAAAGGAACACUAACCUCUUUCCUGUGACUUGGGUUGAAAGCAUGUGGUUUAAUACAUGAAUGUGGCACAGAUAUCCAAACUUGGAUGACGGCUACUGCUAUUGUGGUCAGGCAUCUUUUGCCAUCUGAAAUGUCUAUGGAUUUCUGUUAUACAGUAUGAUGUAGUGUGUAGGCUGAAAAACACUGAUUUUGCACAGUAAGGCAUUUACAUUAAAUGCCAUUUUUCUUAAAGGAAAAUUUGAAUGAGAUGUGUAAAAACUGUAAAAUGUUUACAUACUGAAAUGUAAGCUUCAUUACAACAGAUUGUUUUGAGAGCUAUGCACAAAAUCAUGAUUUUAAUCAUUCAUCAUUUUUGCUGUUACCUUUAUAAAUUAUUCUAUACUGUAUCUUGUUGAAGCAUAAUCCUUUUUAAAUGCAUUAUUUCUAUUUAUUCGAGUUUUGAAGUGACCACAUAAUGUGAGUUGUUAAAUAUGACCUUGAUCUUAUUUGUGUCCUGAUUAACUGAGGUCUGUAACCUUUUUCUGGACUAAUUUCGUUCCUCAGAUAUUUAAAAAUAUUGCAUUUUUGUUAAACACUUGGAGCACAAUGUGUUUGAUACUUAUAAGACCGACAACACUUCCAGGGGAAGCUUAAUUUUUUGUGUAUAUACAUAUUUUUGGCUGUUCUUGAGAUUGGAUCUUUUGGAAUGAUAGAGCAGGAUAACUAGGGAAAUCAACACUCCCAUCCCCACUAAAGCGGCGUCAGUCAGGAAAUUCCACUUUUAGUUUCACAAAUAUGAAAGCAAGACUGCGUUAUUACAUGUUCAUAAGAACAGUGUGUACAAUUCAGUCACUCCUGAUUUUCUGGAAAGUUUAAUCACAGGUCAAAUUAUGCAUUAUUUUUAUCAUGUAACUAAUUUAUAAAUGCAAAGGUCAGGUUAAAGUUAUAACUUGUGAAAUUAAUAUUCUGUUUCUUUACCAGGUAUGGUGAUUCCCCCCCCCCCCUUGUAAAUAACAUAUUUUGCUGUAUGGUAACAUACAAGGGAUUUGCCAGCAAUUCAUGCUAAAUGAAAUCCUAUUUCCGUUUCCCACUAUACCCCUAGCAAGGUAUAUACUCACUCCACACAUCACCUCCGCUGCAGGAGUCCACCCUGAUUAAGUUCUGAUAUCCAAGCUCACCCAGAUGGAUAAUGUCACUACUUUCUUUAACAUGGCAGUGUUCAGGUCUUGUCAUUUUCUGCCCAGACCUGAUCGCCAUCGCAUGAGGAGGUCACAUUGUUUCUCGUAUCUGGAAGACCCAGUGCAUUAGAGCAAAUGGAGCGAUGUCUCAGACAUAUUAAAUAGUUGGCAUAGGAGCAUGCAUGGGUUUAGUAUACCUGGCUGGGGAGGAAUAAAGGAGAGCUGUAAGGAUUGGGUUUGUAUUCCUUUUGAUAAUGGUAUUUUAAAACUUUUUUGAACUGCUUUGCCCUCCAAAUAUUUGCUGGGAGUCUCCAAGGCUGGAUUUACACCUUUCUGUGCUUGUGUUCAUGUAUUUACCUUAAAAAGUACAAUGAUGCAUGAAGAAAUGGCCAUUGCACAGAUGUAACCUAGCACCAUUAAAAACAUUAGCAAACAUGUACUUUGAUAUUUUGUGUUAUAUUGUAUGGGCUGUUAAACCUUUUUUUAAAUUGCAAACACCAUAUAUUUCCCUAGCCAAACUAGGUAAGGUCAUUACCUAGUUCAGCUAUGGAAAUAGAUGGUGUUUGCAAUUUAAUUAAAAUAAAUAUUGCAAUAUUGGUGGCACUUGCAAUAAUAACCAUGUGGUAUGACUAAAAAAGAGGUGUUUGUGUGAUAUUUGGGGUAUUUUAUAAGCAUAAUGGAUAUUUUAUCAGCAAAACAGAGGGCAGGAUGCAUCUGUGUUCACAAGAUAAGGUAGUCUUGUGAUCAAUAUCAACCAAUUUGUUUCCUUAACCUGCAUCAGAUAAUGUUGGUUAGAUGCCAGUUGCUAUGUUUUUUUGAAAGUUUUUUUAUGCGCAAGCCAGUGUGUACUUUACAAGGCCACAAUGGGGCAAAUGUAUGAAGCUGUAGGGUCGUUUAGCCCACACUUUUAACACAGACACCCAAAUAUGAAGUGUUGUAUAACACUUCGUAUAUGCCCAAUUGCCUGUACAGUAGUAGUGGAACUACCCUGCUCGGGACAUUUGAAAUGGCAAGUUAAGUUUCACACAUAUUAUGAAUCACAGAGCUGCCCCAUUAUACUAUAGUGUCGGUGGAUGUAAAAGUUUUCCCUGCCAAGACCUAUGUAUGAGGAUGUACAGGAGCCAUCAUUCCUGUCUCUCUCCUUAACACUCCCUAAGAUUAGAUUUCAAUUGGCGUUAUCGUUGGCUUUCUUAUGUGCCGCAUGUUUGAGCCUGGCUCAGUGGGCUUGAAAGGUGCCAAAGCCCCAUAAGGUCGGGGAAUAGGAAGAACAUUUUCAUCUUCAGGUAUGUAAGCAUUAGGACGUUGCUCCGCUGUGGUGAAGGUUCCAUUUUGCAAAAAGUGUUGUUCUUCCUCCUCUUGAAUCUGCAGAAGAAGUUUACAGCCAUUAGCAAUGUGAUGAUUGUUGUGUUGGGAUUUUAAAUGUUGAAUUUUUUUGGCAUCAAGUGAUGCAAGUAGGCCCUUGGCCAUUUUUUAGGACUUGCAGGUCUAACUAAUAAACAUAUAAAGUAAUACGUUGUCAUUUUGAAACAAGUUGUUUAUAAAAAUAAAAAUCUAAUUUUAUACAUUUUGAAAUGCUUGUUAAAAAUAAAAUUAAUCAUGCAAAA